GAAGAUGAAGGAAUCUUGUGCUUUCUAGUGAAGGAACGAGGCGUGUAUGUUGCGCGCAGAGAGGACAACCGGAUGAUCAAUGGAACGAAACUCCUCGACAUCACCGGUAUGAGUCGGAGAAGACGUGAUGGACUUCUCAAUUCUGAAAAGAUUAGGCACGUUGUCAACAUUGGUCCCAUGCACCUCAAAGGUACCUGG